AUGAUCAUUAUCAUUAAAACCAACGUCAUCAUCAUCAUCAAAACCAUCACCAUCAUCAUCAAAACCAUCAUCAUCAUCAUCAAAACCAUCACCAUCAUCAUUAAAACCAUCACCACUAUCACCAUCAUCAUCAUCACACUGUUAAACAGUUCAUGCUGUUGCUCCUCUGUUGCCAAACGAACCCUUUUAACCUGUCAGCUGGGCGCAGUCCCACAGCCCGCCACGCCCCUCAGCCCGCCAUGCCCCUCAGCUUGCCACGCCCCUCAGCCCGCCAUGCCCCUCAGCUUGCCACGCCCCUCAGCCCGCCAUGCCCCUCAGCUUGCCACGCCCCUCAGCCCGCCAUGCCCCUCAGCUUGCCACGCCCCUCAGCUGGGCGGGGCCAGACGGUGGAGCCGCUCGCCAUCCUGUGACAUAACCGGGCCUGACACCCGCCACGCCACGUCAGUCCGCCCGCCAAACCCGCCCAGGCUCCGGCACUCUGAAGUGCAAACUGUCAACGACCCGCGCGGAAAGAAAGAGCUGCACCCCGAAAGAAAGAGCUGCACCCCGACUCCAGCAGCCGGACUGUCUGCCCCAACAUCGCGUCUGUGA